AGAGGUAUAAAACACAUGAGCCUCUCUGUUCAUGAUAAGAUCAUCAAUCACCUUCCAUCCCCUCAUCCUCAAAACUCCACCACUGGCCGGAAUCUUGACACCAACUUCGCCAACGAUCUGACCCACCUCCGCCCGGAAAAUGGGUUUUCUUUGAAAAUGAAGAUGGGUGAAGAGAAAGGCUUCCAAGAAUCAAAAGGCGGCCAAAACUCGCCGGAAUCGUCCGCCGGAAAACCCAGUAUUCAGCGAGCAAUCGAGCUUAUAUCCUCUCUAAUCUCACUCUCACAUUCAAUCAAAGUCUUCUCAGUGAAAUGGCAAUCCAUACGUAUCAAGCUGGAAGAGCUUCUCUCCGGCCUCACAGCCGUCCAAAACUGCGACUCCGGCGACAACCCAUCACUCUCCGGCACAGUUCAGAGAAUCAUUGACACGCUGACCAGUUGUUACGAUCUUGCGCGACGAUGCGUCGACCUUUCCUUCAGUGGGAAGCUGUUAAUGCAAAGCGAUCUCGACAUUCUCUCUGCGAAAUUCGACUCACACACAAAGUCUCUCUCUGAAAUUUACACUGCUGGUUUGCUUUCACACAACUACGCCAUCGUCGUUUCGAGGCCCAGUCUCGGAGCGUCUCGCGACGACAUGAAGUUCUAUGUCAGGGACUUGUUGUCGAGGAUGAGAAUUGGUGGCACAGAAAUGAAGAAACAAGCUUUGAUUGCUUUCAAUGAAGUCAUCGAUGAGGAUGAGAAGUAUGUGAAAGUUGCUGUUGAAAUUGGUAGUCUGAUUAGUCUCUUGGUGAAAUUUCUCGAUUCACAAGAAACCCAGAUUCAAUCAGAGUCUGCGAGGGCUGUUUCGAUCAUUGCAGGGUUUGAUUCAUACAGGAAUGUGUUGAUUGGGGCAGGGGUUAUUGCGCCAUUGAUUAGGGUUUUAGAGAGUGGGGAUGAGUUUGGCAAAGAAUGGUCCGCCAGGUGUUUGCAGAAAUUAACAGAGAAUUCUGAUAAUGCGUGGUCGAUUUCGGCUCAUGGUGGAGUGACAGCACUGUUGAAGAUAUGUAGUGAUUGUGAUUUUGGUGUUGAAUUGGUUGGUUUGGCUUGUGGGGUGUUGAAGAAUCUUGUCGGGGUUGAAGAAAUCAAGAGGUUUAUGGUUGAGGACGGCGCGAUUUCGGUGUUCAUUAAGCUUGUGAGGUCAAAAGAUGAACUUUCACAGAUAAGUUCAAUGGAUUUUCUUCAAAGUAUGGCCUGCGGGGAUGAAUUCACGCGGCAAAUGAUUGUUAGAGAAGGGGGAGUUCGCGUUCUGGUUCGCGUUUUGGAUCCCAUAUCAACAUUCUCAUUGAAAGCUCGAGAGAUGGCCUUGAGAGCAAUUGUGAAUUUGUGCUUUUCAUGUCCAAGCACUUUGAACAUUUUGAUGAAUUAUGGGUUUUUGGAUCAUAUAGCGUACUUUCUUCGCAAUGGUGAGGUUUCGAUUCAAGAAUUGGCACUGAAGGUGUCCGUUAGGCUAUGUGGAACAUCAAUUGAGGCCAAGAAAGAAAUGGGAGAUGCAGGGUUUAUGCCAGAGCUUGUCAAAUUGCUCGAAGCAAAGUCAUUCGAAGUCCGGGAAAUGGCAGCCGAGGCACUCUCCAGCAUGAUAUUACUCCCCAAAAACCGAAAACGAUUCGUGCACAGUGAUCAAAAUGUUGGGUUGCUUCUACAAAUGCUCAAUCCAGAAGAGGGAAAUUCCAGCGGCAAGAAGUUCUUGUUGUCUGCUUUGAUGUCAUUGUCUAGUAGCAACAGUGGAAGGAAGAAAAUUGUGAGUUCAGGGUAUGUCAAGAACAUAGAAAAGCUUGCAGAGGCUCAAGUUUCGGAUGCCAAAAAGAUUGUCAGGAAGUUAUCAUCAAGCAGAUUGCGCAGUUUGUUCAGUGGAAUCUGGUUUUCUUGAAUGUAAUCUUCUUGUAUCUUCACCUACUGUAUAUCUUCACAAGUGUCUUCAUUUUUUUUUUUUUUUCCCCAAUUUCAUAACAUGUUUAUCAAAAUCUCAAAUUGCGUUAGAACACAUCUUUGUUUAGAUUGUAAGUGUUACUAGACAGAUGCAAAUAAGAAAGGUCUUGUGAUAAGAUUUUGUAAUUA